AGUUCAAUCUGGCGUCUAUAAAAACCACUUCCGCUCAUCUUCCGUCUAAGAAACCUUUCCAAGGCUUCAUGGCGUGACGCCGCGACAUAUAAGAAGGUCAUAAACAGGAUCUCAAGAUGAACUACGUACCGGGGACGGCCAGUCUCAUCGACGAGAUCGACAAAAAACAUCUGGUUCUCCUCCGAGAUGGCAGAACACUAAUUGGGUACCUCAGAAGCAUUGACCAGUUCGCCAAUUUAGUUUUCCAUCAGACUGUUGAGCGCAUCCACGUGGGCAAGAAAUUUGGUGACAUUCCCAGAGGAAUCUUCAUUGUGCGCGGAGAAAAUGUGGUGCUGCUUGGCGAAAUAGAUGUGGAUAAACCGUGCGAUACGGUCCUGCAGCAGGUCUCCAUCGAGGAGAUUCUGGAGGAGCAGCGUUUGAAGCAGCAAGUUAAGCAGGAGACUGAGAAAGUCAAGAUGCAGGUCCUGAAAGACCGAGGCCUCUCCAUCCCCAAAACUGAUAACUUGGAUGAAUAUUAACACGGCGUACAGCCCAUGAGCCGCUUCAGUUUGUAUCAGACUGGUAUCUUAGUUGAAUUUGAAAGCAUGAUUUUAUGAGCACAAGGCAACAUUAUACUUUGCCUCUUUACUGUAGCGUACUGUGUAAAUUUAAUUUGAAUCAGCGUCUCGGUUUUUCAGGUCCGCUGUGACAAAACCUUUACGGAUCACUAUGAUGGCAAUUACUUUACAGCAGCACUUUGUGUUACUCAAGUGUUUGGAGAAAUAAGGGCCUGCUAGUGACACAAAAGUAAUGGCUAUGCUCCAUGAAGAUCUUUUUUUUUUUUUUUUUUUUUUUUUUUUUUUUUUUUUUUUUUUUUUUUUUUUUUUUUUUUUUUUUUUUUUUUUUUUUAAA